GAGCAGUUGGGGAGGAGAUAGCACAGUGUGAGAGGAGCGGAAUGCAAGCGAAGGGGAAAAAAGGAGAAAAAGAGAACAAGCCAGGCUGGGAGGAGGUGGAAGAGAGAGUGACAGUGUGUUACAGGAGGAAAAAGGGACUCUUAAGAGGGAGAGAGAGAGUGGGAAUCCUUCCCAGUCAGAGUUGCCCGGCGCCUUUCUCCACUCCCGGCCCCAGCAGGCCAGGGAAUGUCCCGGCGGCGAGAUGCCUUACGUGGACCGACAGAACCGCAUCUGUGGCUUCCUGGACAUAGAGGAGAACGAGAGCAGCGGCAAGUUCCUGCGUCGGUACUUCAUACUGGACACACAACAGGGGAGCUUGGUGUGGUUCAUGGACAACCCACAGAACCUGCCUCAUGGUGCAGACUGUGUCGGCUCGCUAAAGCUCACCUACAUCUCUAAGGUCAGCGAUGCCACAAAGCUGAGGCCAAAGGCAGAAUUCUGCUUUGUCAUCAAUGCUGGGAUGAGGAAGUUCUUCCUGCAGGCCAAUGACCAGCAGGACCUCGUGGACUGGGUCGACUCUCUCAAUAAAGCCACCAAGAUCACUGUGCCAAAGUUGUCUGAUGGGCAGCAGAAUGCAGAGAACCUCAAGACGUUGCCGGACGUAGUCGGGCCCAAGAAACAAGUCUCUUACAGGACAGAGAUCAUUGGAGGUGUCCCCAUUGUCACCCAGACACAGCAGGAAGGUGGGGAUGCUGCAGACAGAGCAGAACGUGAGGCCAUGCAUCGUUCUCACAGCCAGCUGCCAUACUUCCUGGGCAGGCCGACUCAGGAGCACAGCGUCAUCAAGUCAGGCUACUGCGUUAAGCAGGGGGCUGUGAUGAGGAACUGGAAACGGCGAUAUUUCCUGCUGGAAGAAAACUCCAUGAGUUACUUCAAGUCAGAUUUGGAGAAAGAGCCUCUAAGAAUGAUCCCACUAAAGGAAGUGCACAAAGUACAGGAGUGCAAACAGAGUGACAUCAUGAUGCGGGAUAAUCUGUUCGAGGUCGUCACCACUUCUAGGACGUUUUACAUACAGGCUGACAGCCCAGAGGAGAUGCACAGCUGGAUCAAGGCAGUCUCUGGGGCCAUUGUGGCCCAGAGGGGACCUGGGAGGUCUGCAGCCACAAUGCGGCAGGCCAGACGGCUGUCGAACCCCUGUAUACAGAGGUAUACGUCCCGAAUCGGGGAGUGCAGCAGCACUCUGCUGCAGCUGUGUACCUGUCUUAGAUGUGUGACAUCCUGCUUGUCUCUCCUCCUCCCUCCUGUUCGCUGCCUGAACACAACAGCCGUUCCACUUUCUACCGCAGCCCCGCGGGCCCCCCCGUCCCUCGCUCGCCCAUAUCUGCCAUGCCACCAUGCUACCCAGAGUGGGGCGCUGCUGUCACGUGCGGCACACGCCCGCAGCCUGGCGUGGGACAGCGAGCACUUCAUGAGCCUGCUCCCCCGGCCCAGUCACAGCCACAUGCCAGCACGCCUGUCCCUGCAGGAGACACGCCUGGCAAAGUGAGCUGCGAGCCACCUGCCACCACCAUCAGUAACUCGGAGGAGUCACCGUGGCGACGGAGGAGCAGCUUUGAGCCCCACAUCCCUGAACCGCCGCUGGACCUGGACGACGCUGACCUGCCAGUGAGCGAGGUCUGAACUGGAUGUUUAGACUUGAUCAUCUGCAUGAUGUUAACUUAAGAGUCAAGAGGAAACUGUGCGACCGGUGUGCUUCAAACCAAAGCUGUUGUCAGAUGACUGUGUGCAACACCACGAACUUGUGUUACGCUCCUUCUUCAGUGUGCAGUUGAAACCACCGAUAUGCACUCGUGUGCCAUAGACGACCCGGUCUUCACUCACACCCCUCUGCCUGCUGCCACAUUUACAGUCAUGUAUUUAUUUACUACGAGUUGUCAAACAGACCAACACAUUGUACUUGACUUGUCCCUGACUAAUGGCGGAGCUUUAUUUUAACCUGCUCAGGCUCAAACGAUGUCUUUAACAGUAUUUGUGGGCAGAGGGUGUUUGUGAAUUUACUUUGUGCCAAGAAAGUAAGGGAGCUUCAGAGUAGGAGCUAUUUCCUCAUGACUGAAAAGAGCUUUCAAACUGAGGACUGUAUUUAUAACACCUAUCUAAUCUACUAAUUUACAAUGUGGGAUCCAUUCAUGCAAUCCCUAACGUAACCUGUGAUUUGUUGGUCAGUGUUAAGGAUAUGGAUCCAGCUUAGUCUGAGAUCAAAUCCUAACUCUAAUGCAAAUUCUAGUUCUAAAUGUUGAUCCACGAGAGGAUGACCUGAUUAGAUAAUGCAAAACCAAAUGUAUUGCAACCAACAGCUGCAGAUAAACUGAGUUCGUUUUUUUUUUUUAUAUCAGAGGAUGGUGUUGUCGUUGUUAUUGACCACAUAGAAAAGCAGCUUACAUGUCAAACUAAAGUGUGUUUUUUUUUUUUUUAAACUGUAAAUCCACAUCUGGUAGUUGGGUCAGAGUAAUGUGCAGAAUUGCAAAAUGAGAACUUUUUUGAAAGCGAUCACAGUACAUGAAUCACUCCACCACCUUAAUCAGGCCCUUUACGAACUACAUGUCAACAAGAUAACACUACAUGUCCGUAACCAAGCAGAGUUCACUUGUGUAUAUUUUGUGAUUCAUAGUAAUAAUAACUUCAACAACAGGCCUGGGUCAGUCACAGAUGAGCUCAACAGACUGACAUGAUCUAACUGAACCUGCAGUCUAUUAGUCUAGUGAGGAUUAUUAUACUGUGUAAACACCGUGCAAACCUGUCAGAUCAAGGUUUUAACAAAAAUGAAUUCAAGCUCAGACACUUCUGUAGCGUGUUCUGUAACAUUUCAAUGGUUCCUCGGAUCAUCUUUCUGUUUAGUAGUUGUUCUUUCUCUCCAGCCGCUCUGUGUGUCGUGUGUGCAGAAUAGAGCUGAUUUAUUUUUUAUAUGCUUUUAGAUGUUUUUUGAUCAUAUUUCUUGUUCCUGUGUUGCCAACCCAGCAGGAGGCAGCUUCCUCGUGGUUUUAUUUAAAACUGUCUUAACUGCUAAAUAAUACACUCUAAUCUUUUUUUUUUUUUUUGUAAGUGCCUGUUUUAUUUCUAGUCCAACAAACUUAACAACAAAGCUAUUUCCCCCAUUUUUACUCUGGUGUAAUUGGUUUGAAUCGUCUUUAUUUAUUAUGUGGUUGACUUGAAAGAAUUAAACAAUGAAAAUGUG